AUGUCAUGGAAACCGGGAUAUCAGCGGCAAUACGAGUUUACCUCCAGUAUUUUGAAGUUGGUCGCUCUUAUAGCCCAACUUGCCCCAGACGAUUUUGACGUGAGGAAUAUGCUUGAUAAGGCCGUCACAGCGCUACAUCAGUGCAAUGAACUCCAACUUGCGGACAAAGACCCCGACGUCUGGGAGUUUUUCGAUCAGCACAGUAAAGAGGAAAGUUUUGGGGUUUCAAAUCCUAUAGUGGCGGCCUUUCUGAGGGAAAAAAGAAACAGGAGAAGAAGGAGCCCGGAAGCACGGCAGAAGGCCUCUAUUGGAGACGUUGAAGCUAUAAUCAGGUUGCCUAAUCACCAAUUCUCCCGACAACAUGGUGGUAGCUACCAGCGUCAUGCUGGCUUUUUCAGGGUCUCAGAAGUCGACAUUCCAGCCCAAAACCGAAAAGAGCUUGCAAGUGAGAGAGGUGAACUGAGGUGA